GGUUGGGUCGGGUGAGGUCGGAUGGGAUCUAUGGGAUGUAUUGAUGUACAUGUGGAUAAGGCGAACUUCGUGAUUGAAUGUUGAACUGCUUGAAGUUCAACAAGAGCUCGCUCGAUCACUUCCGCCAUGAUUUCAACAGGAGCUCGCUCGAUCACUUCCGCAAUCUCCGGUCUUCCUCCGAUAACGGCCAACGCCACCUCGACAGCGCUCCCGCUAAACAAACCGGAACAGCCACAACUCCAGCACUCUCUGACUGGAACUAAAACUACUCGACGAAAUGCUGCUUUAAUCUCACUCAUCGCUCCUCUCGUUCCCUCCCUCUGUCAACCCGCUCCCGCUACAGCUUUCUCCAUCGGCAUCUCAGGACCAAAGGACUGGUUGAGGGAGCAGAAGAAGAAGGCUUCUAAGUUCAUCUUGGCUCCAAUUGAUGCAUCCCGAGAGAGUCUCCGCACUGCGUAUCGUCUACUAACGAAAAAUGCUUCUGGAUAUCCGAAGGACUUGGAAGAGAUUCAGAAUCUGCUUAGGUCAGCCGCGAGGGAUUGCGUUCCACAGGAGAGGAAUUCAUUCGUUUCCUUUCAAGCUAAUACAGGAAUCGAGGUUUGCACAUUCCGUCUGAUUGUGAAGAAUGCAUCUUCAUUACUUGACAAUGCUAGUCCUGUAAAACUCAAGGCUGAAGCCAUGUUAGGUGAUCUUAUAAGAUCUUUUACCUCACUUAAUGAGGCAGCAAACAACAUGGACAUUCAACUGGCGUCUGACAGACAGAAGGUGGCAGAUGAACUCAUGGGUACCAUGUACUCUCUUGACAAAUUUGAGCAGUCUGUAAGAGAUUGCCUUGAAAUCUGAUCAUUUACUCUUUCCUUCCCUAAAAAGAAUUUUCAGCAUAUUUUGUGCCUUGAAGGUGUCACAGAUGCCAAUCUACAAUGUCAAUGGAGUAUUUGUGGAAGGUUCUCCUUCACUCACAAACCUUUUUGUAUCAUCAUGCCCAGUGUAAUUUAUAAUUAAGUCACUGCUGCUGCAGAGUCCUACUUGUUCGGUUGUUCCAUUCUUCUGUUUGUUUUUCCUUCUUUUAUGCGCAAUAUUUAUCACUUUAUUGAAAAGAACUCAGUGUUGGUUAUUCAUCCUGUAGUAGGUAUGGUUUGCCAUUUUGUAUUUGUUUCUUUUGCAUUCUUAUUAUGGUGAUCAAGAUACAGCUGCAUGAAUUAACUUUCCCUUUACCAUUGGCCAUUUCAGAGAUUUGUCUUACAUGACUGAAUGCAUGUAAGACCCUCCUGGUGCCUUUUUCGGGUACAUUAUGCUCAUUCUCAAGUUUAAGUACAAUGCCUAUAUGAAUUGCAAAUUGGUGGAGAUCCCUCAGCCUCAAGUUCAACUUUGAGGGGCCAUUACUUGGUGAAAUGGUAAAAUUUCAGGCUAACAAGCAUGAGAACACAAGACUGGGAUCUGAGAGCAGUCACUUUGUGAACAAUGGCCAAAGAUAAGGUGUCCACCCCUCCCAAGACUCCAGAUAUCAAGGACAGACAUUGGGCAAUGGCCUCUAAAUCAACUUUGAUUUUUUUGAUACAAGUCAACUUUGAUUUAAACUCUUAAGAGUUCAACUAUGGUGCAUUUACAGAUAUUUGUUAUAUGUUAAAUUGAGAUUUUAACCAAUUAUGUUAAAGAUGUCACAUGAUCUAUUUACUUUUCAUUGGUUCAUAUUUCACAAUGUAAACUUACCAUCAAGAAUAACAACGUUAAAGAUGUCAGUUGUAAUGUGUCAUUUUA